AUGGGAUUAAGAAGGAAUCCCAGAGGAAAUCCACACAUCACCAAGUUCAUAAUUGAUACAACAGCAAAAAUUAUUGACCUAAAAAAAAUUCAGUUGCAGAAGCUUGACCUGCUAAAUUUUAAUCUUUCAUUGCUAUAUGAGUCACAAGUUGCAGCCCUAAUAAAAGACCCGGCUCAAUACGAUCACGAGCAAGCAGGAGUAUGGUGGUCUAAGAUUCCGUCGUUUCAGGCUUUCCACAAUAUAAUUGGCAGCAUUACAGACUUAUAUUGA